AUGAGAACAUUCUUCACGAUGACCGCCCCAAACGCUACCGGCUCGACGGCAGCCAAUACCCUUGCUCCAAUUUCUGGACCACUGCCGGUGCCUCCAAGUUCUAGCACUCCCACAAUCCCUCCCAUUUCCACAACUCCCAGUUUUCUUUCGGCCACCCCAAGCGUUUCUACAGCGCCCAGUGCUCCUUCGGCCACCCCAAGGGUUUCCACAACUCCCAGUGUUCUUUCGACCACCCCAAGCGUUUCUACAGCGCCCAGUGCUCCUUCGACCACCCCAAGGGUUUCCACAACUCACAGGGUUCUUUCGACCACCCCAAGCGUUUCUACAGCGCCCAGUGCUCCUUCGACCACCCCAAGAGUUUCCACAACUCCCAGUGUUCUUUCGACCACCCCAAGCGUUUCUACAACGCCCAGUGCUCCUUCGACCACCCCAAGGGUUUCCACAACUCCCAGUGUUUUUUCGACCACCCCAAGCGUUUCUACAACGCCCAGUGCUCCUUCGACCACCCCAAGGGUUUCCACAACUCCCAGUGUUCUUUCGACCACCCCGAGCGUUUCUACAACGCCCAGUGCUCCUUCGACCACCCCAAGGGUUUCCACAACUCCCAGUGUUUUUUCGACCACCCCAAGCGUUUCUACAACGCCCAGUGCUCCUUCGACCACCCCAAGCAUUUCUACACCAUCCAGUGCUCCUUCGACCACCCCAAGGUGCUUCUUCGACCACCCCAAGGGUUUCCACAACUCCCAGUGUUCUUUCGACCAGCCCAAGCGUUUCUACAACGCCCAGUGCUCCUUCGACAUCCCCAAGGGUUUCCACAACUCCCAGUGUUCUUUCGACCACCCCAAGCGUUUCUACAACGCCCAGUGCUCCUUCGACCACCCCAAGGGUUUCCACAACUCCCAGUGUUCUUUCGACCACCCCAAGCGUUUCUACAACGCCCAGUGCUCCUUCGACCACCCCAAGCGUUUCCACAACUCCCAGUGUUCCAUUGCCGCCAACGGCCGGAAUGCCUAA